AUGCCCUCUGGGAAGGACGACGCGGUCGCCGGCGAGCUGCAGCGGCUCUGCCGCCGGGCGCGCAAGCGCUCGCUCGACAUACUGGCUGCGAGCGGUGCUGGCUGCGGCGGCGACGCGCAGGUGCCGCCGACUGCGCCGCCGUGGCUGAUGGUGACGGGGCAGCCGGGCAGCGGCAAGACGACGCUGGUGCGGCGCGUGGCCGAGGCGCUGGCGCAGCGGGGCGUGGCGCUGCGUGGCUUCUUUACGGAGGAGGUGCUCGGCGCGGGCGGCUCCCGCGUCGGCUUCGACGUCGUCACCGUCCCGGACGGGCGGCGGGGCGUGGGCCUGCCCGCCCACUGCCCACGGACGGGCGCCUAUGCGGUGGACGUCGCGGCCUUCGAGGCGCUCGCACUGCCCGCCCUCUCGCCUCCUCCGCCCUCGGCCGCCGCCCGCCGCUCCGUCGUCGUCAUCGACGAGGUUGGUCGGAUGGAGCUGCACUCCGCCGCCUUCCAGGCCGCCGUGACCCGGCUGCUCGCCUCGCCGGCCGAGGCGGUGGUCUUCGGCGCGCUGACCGCGCCCAUCUACGGCCACCGCGUGCCCUUCUGCGACGCAAUCGCGGCGCACGGCCGCGUGAGCGUCGACCGGAUCACGCAAAAGACGCGCGACGCCGUGCGCGAGGCGCUGCAGCGGAGGCUGUUGCGCGAGGUGGGGCUGAGGGAGGAAGGGUAG